AUCCGGCGCAGACCACGCUCGGUGCCGGGUGUGUCAGGGUGUUCUCUCUUGCCAGCGCCGGGAUGGCGGUGUACCACGACGAGGUGGAGAUCGAGGACUUCGAGUACGACGAGGACACGGAAACGUAUUAUUACCCCUGUCCCUGUGGAGAUAGAUUCGCCAUCACCAAGGAAGACCUGGAAGAUGGAGAAGAAGUUGCGACUUGCCCGAGCUGUUCAUUACUUGUGAGAGUAAUCUAUGACAAGGAUGAGUUUAUGAAAGGAGAGGUAGUCCCUGAACCUGCGUCCAGCACAACCGAGCUCCUAAAGUGCUGACUCCUAUCUGUUUCUACCGGACACCAGACCACAGCUUCUGAAGGGGUCCAGCUUUUACUGAAGGCGUGGGUGCUUAUUUUUUUUUAUUUUUAACAAACCCAGAACUUUAAGUCACUUAUGUGCAUUGGACUUAUUGAAAUGCUCAGAGGCAUGAGACUGGCCUGAAGACCGGUACACUGCAUGAGGACCUUAUCUGAGGUUUCAUCUGCUUGGUUUGGAUUUCCAUAUAUACUGACAUUACAAACCGCGAAGAUAUUAAAUGCAACCUGUUUAUAUUUAUUUUAAUAAAAAUAUAUUUUUAUGGUA